AGUAGAAAAACUGUCGUUAACGUAUCCUGCACAAAGCAGCGGCAAAGUGCCGUGUGGUAGUAGUCAGCUGCGUGGCUGCAUAUUUAAUAUAACAGCUGUAGUGUUUUUUUUUUUUUUUUUUAGGUUUUUAAAGUAGGGCAUUUGUGCAACUUGAGCUCCCGCUCCCAUUAGUGGCGUGAAUCGUUGCUAACUAGCGUUAGCCAAGUAACUAGCAACAGCCGUUGGCACGUUUAUCGCCAUUUUGCGCAUUCAACAGCAAAAGACUUUCUCCAGCAGCAAGGCUCUUGAAACAUGGCAGAGGCAGACCGACCAGGGAAGCUCUUCAUCGGUGGACUGAACACCGAGACCACCGAGAAGGCCCUGGAGCAGUACUUCAGCAAAUAUGGGAGGAUUGUCGAAGUUCUCUUGAUGAAGGACCGUGAGACAAACAAAUCACGAGGCUUCGCUUUUGUUACAUUUGAAAGUCCAGCUGACGCAAAAGAUGCUGCACGGGAGAUGAAUGGAAAGUCUCUUGAUGGCAAGCCCAUCAAAGUGGAGCAAGCUACAAAGCCUCAGUUUGAGAGCGGUGGCAGACGAGGACCCCCACCCAUGCAUUCCCGCAGUCGUGGUCCACCCAGAGGCCCCCGUGGUUCUAGGGGAGGUCCUGGUGGUAUGAGGGGUCCACCAUCCAGAGACUACUAUGAUUCAGGAAAUGGAGAACCCUACUUCAAAGGGAUGUCAUCCAGAGGUCCUCCUCCAAUGAAGAGAGGACCCCCAGUUCGUAACGGAGGUCCCCCACCCAAGAGGUCUGCCCCAUCUGGACCCAUGAGUAGACCCCCCAUGUCAAGGGACAGGGAUCCCUAUGGACCACCCCCUCCUCGCAGAGACUCAAUGAUAUCCAGAAGGGAUGAUUAUCCAUCACCAAGAGAUGACCAUUACAACUCAAAAGACAGCUACUCCAGUCGAGAUUACAAUUCCAGAGAUUCGCGGGACUAUGGUCCUCCUCCCAGAGAUUAUUCAUACAGAGAAUACAGCAACUCCAGUUCCAGAGAUGAUUAUGGCUCAAUGUCAAGAGGAUACAGUGACCGCGAUAGUUACGGCGGAGGCCGGGAACCCAGAAGCUACAUGGACCGUCCAAGUGGUGGCUCCUACAGAGAUUCUUAUGAUGGUUACGGUAACUCUCGCAGCGCCCCACCUUCACGGGGCCCUCCACCAUCCUAUGGUGGGAGCAGUGGAAGCAGUCGUUACGAUGACUAUGGCAGCAGUUCCCGGGAUGGCUAUGGCAGUCGUGACAGUUACCCCAGCAGUCGGAGUGACCAAUAUCCACCUAGCCGUGGUGAGCGAAUGGGCAGACAGGAAAGGGGCCCAGCUCCCCCUGUCGAGAGAGGCUACCCUCCUCGUGAUUCGUACAGCAGCUCAAGUCGCGGAGGGCCACGUGGUGGCCGUGGUGGCAAUCGGCCCGAUAGAGGAAUGGCUCGCAGCAGAUACUGAACUGGACUUGGAAACCACAUUAAAGCAAACGUCAGUCGCCGUGCACAGUUAACAAGUGUUUUGAAAGAAAUUUGACACACAAACUAGCCAUGUCUCAGUCUGUGGAAUAUAAACCUUAGCUUUGAACUGUAUCUUGACUUUCCCAGUUUUUUUAUGUGUAAAAGUUUUUGUUUUUUUAGUCUUGCUCAUGUAACAGUACAGUUACCAAGUGAGUGUUAGUUUUUGUACAUUCAGUGCUGUUGAGAUCUGCAAUGCCCUAUAAGUCUGGCUUUCCUACUCUAAUAAAGCUUUUAGUUGUACCUUGA